CUAACCGGUGGGGAAGCAUCUGAUAGAUUUUCAACUGUGUUCCGAGACUACAAAGUAAGCGUUCAGAACCCUGGACAGCGCCAAAGAGAGAGGACCCGCGGAUCAAUUUUCUAAAGCACAUGUUUAAAGCGAUGGUUCAAAGAAACAGUCCCCAGCUGCUUCUCCUUAUAGCCCUGUGCAGUGUGUUAUAUUCCCGGACUCUGAGUUUACCAUAUGCAUCUACGAGACCGAUGCGACACGCAGACGGUCUCUUUACAAGCGGAUACAGCAAACUUCUUGGGCAGUUAUCAGCGCGACGGUAUCUGGAAUCUUUGAUUGGGAAGCGCGUCAGUGACGACAUGAUGGAGGACCAAGUCCCAGUGAAGCGACACUCAGAUGCGAUCUUCACAGACAACUACAGCCGCUUCCGCAAACAGAUGGCCGUGAAGAAAUACCUGAACUCCGUCCUCACAGGAAAAAGAAGCCUAGAAGAUCCUCCCAGUGUUCCGGAGGAGUCCAUAAACGACCCAACGUUUCAGGAGAGCUAUGAUGACGUCAAUGUAGAUCAUCUUAUAAAUUUCCAAUUGCCACUUUGAGGGAGAGCAGUGUGUGUAUGCAAACCUCAACCAGACAUCUUCAUUGACCUGCCAUUCCAAAAAUAUUAAAAAGGACAUCUGUAACUGACAUGUGUCAGAGUCCAAUGUGGUUAUCUAUCAAGUACAUGUUUACAUUG